UAAUAAAAAAAAUCAAUAUAAUUCACUAAAGCAUUAUAUAAAUAUAUCAAUUCUACCGUUAUUAAUUAUUUAUACUCAAUGUUUGUUUCUGGUCUAAUAAUGAUGGAAUAUGCUAUGAAAAGCAAUGACGUUACUGUUAGCAGUAACAUGUCCAUGAAACUGAAGAUCUAUGAAAUCACAACGAACAAUUACAUUUUGUAAUAUAAAAAAUUACUAUCCCGUAAAAGAAAGAUGAUCAUUAUCGCAUUUAUUUGAGAUGUACCUGACUUUACGAAAGACGUUCAAAUGUAAGAUGGCUUUUGUUUUCGGAGAUUAUCUUUUUUUCCUUCUUUUUCUUUUUAAGUUAAGAAAAUACCAGCAGAGAGACGUUAAAAUGCCCAAAAGGCAUAAUGUUUAAGUUGUAGAUGUCAUAAUAUAUGUUGCAAAUAUUAUAUAUUUGAAGACCCACACGUGGGACCAAUGAUCUUAAUGUACUAGAUACCAGAGAGAUAUAUAGACGUAUUUUUUUGAUGAAAAAGAUGAAAUAUAUUCUCAAGCGUUUAUAUAUAUAUAUAUAUAUAUACCAUUGUUGUAAUGGUGAUAUUACGAAAUGUAAAGUGUAUUUACAAUAUAAAAACUGUGUAUUAUGCAAGCGACCGUUGCUUGCAUGUAGUUAUAGAGAAGGAAAGAGAGAAAAGGUCAAAAUAUAAUAUUAAAUAAAUAAACGAAAAUGCGCAUUUAUUUUGUAAAUCCGAACUACAAAUCUGAAUCCAAAUUAAAAGUAUCCUAAUCAAUUGAUUGUCUUAAGACGUAUUUACUAAAAAAAUUAACAUUUUCUACUGUGUGCAUCCAUUUUUCCCAUUCAUUUAUCCCGCAUAUUUCAUUCAUUACCAUCUGUACACGAGUUUUGACCUACAGUUUCUCAUUUCAGCCACACUCUUGCCGAGGCGUAUCGCGUCAAUGAUAGUGUGUAAACAGCAUAAACAACGUAACAUAAACGUAGCAUAAACUAUCGUAAAUUCCGUACAUAUAAUACGACAAAUUACGUUAUUUUUUUAAAAUUGUGUUGAAAGUGUCUUUAAUUUAUAAUAAAAUAUUUUCACAAAAGCUUCUAUUUAGUAGUAUGUUUUGAUGAUAGGCUAAAUCUAUUUCUUGUGUGAUAAUACAGAAAAAUUUAUCAUUAAAUGUUGCUUGCUUGGUUAUAAACACAUUACGACAUGUCUGACGAGGAAGUAAUACGCCGACGACUGCUCAUAGACGGCGACGGGAUAGGAGAUGAUCGUAGGAUCAAUAUGCUAUUGAAAUCAUUCAUAAAGUGGAUCAACAAUUCUGAUGCAGAUAAUACAUUACAUGAAAGAAUGCUAUCACAGUUAGCACAGUGUGAAUUUGCACAGAAAAAAUCUAGACUUGUCUCGAAUAUGAGUCAGGAAGAAUUGAAGAAUUAUGAAGAGUUGUCUAAAGAAAUUGAAAUACAAAUAGAAAAAGCCAAAGAAGAUAUAGAGAAAACAAAAGCAGAAUUGCAGGAUGCCAAACGUGUAAGAAAAAAUAGAAUUGAAUAUGAUGUAUUAGCCAAAGUCAUCAAUGAACAACCAGAUCGAUUGGAAACUGACAUUAAGCUUUCCACAUUACGCCAAGAGUUAGGCAGUUUAAAGGAAAAGUCUGAACAGUUGGAACACAAGUUAGAAAUGCGUCGUAAACAAUUCCAUGUUUUAAUAUCAUCUAUACAUUCACUGCAAGGAAUGUUAGAUGAGUGUGAUGAGGAAAUAAUGGAUGUAAGUCUCGAGAAAGAUGCAGAAGACUCAGAUGUGCAAAUGUGCACAGAUUCAUAAAUAUCUACCUCUGUGGUGUCGAGCCGUUUGUAAAAAUCAAGGAGUGUAUGGGAACCACAACUGAUAGUCAUUACAACGGGAUAAAAAAGUGAGCCAUCUGUAUGUGCCUGAUGAAAACAUACAUUACUGCUCAACAUGUACAAGACCAAGAUGUAUAUAUUCCAGCAUUUUCUACUAAUUGAUGUAGAUAAAUAUAAUUUAUAUAUAAUGAAAAAAUCAA